AGAAUCCAUCCUCCGCUCGUGGAACACUUGAAAUAUUAAAGUAUCUCCAUAAGUAUGUACCAAUUGGACAGAAUGGACAUCCAUAUCCAAUCCUUUGUCAUGGAGACCAGCUAAGUGUUGAAAGAAUGGUAGAAGCAAAGCUGUCAAUGGCCUUUAGUGAGGAUGAAACAGAUCAGCUUACUGGACUUAUUCCAAGACCACAAGGAUUUCAUAAAAGAUGCAUAAUACUUCAAGAUUCAAUGAACAUGUUGUUUAGUGGGAGCACAGUGGGAGAUAGGGGUUCUCUGUUUCAUAUCAAGAACAGAUUUGGCUUCCGUACAGUGAAGAAAAAAAUCUCUGACUGUGUUAACUCUGCUGUGGAUUUCUUCAAUUUUGUUACAGAAGGAAGUGUUUGCAUGAUUGUCUGUAAUAUUUUGAACAUUGAUAACAUUGAUGUGAACUCUGAUGUCAUACCUGAGAAUGGCACUGAAAGACAGGAAAUGUUCGAAGACAUCUGUAAAAGAGUGGUUCAACUCGUUUGGCCCAAGAUAGAUAUGAAGUCUAUACAGCAGGCUGCAGAGGGUGAUGUAGUACAAGAUUCAGACUCUGAUGAUGACCCUCAAUACCUUGAUGACACCAUCCUCUACUGGAAUGAUCAGACACAAGAUGAGUUGGAGGAGACUUUGCCCUACUAUGAAGAUUCUGAUGAUGAGUUUGAUUUACCUGAAGUAGUAGACCAAAACAGUGGUGAUUCUGUGUUUCAGUAUAGUUGUUGCAUGCUGUGGCGUGGUCUUCUGCACAUGGUACAAACAAAUGCAGAACGUUACAACAAUGGGGAGCAGCUCAUAUCAGACUGGAGGCUAGACAUGGUGGAUUUCUGGAAUAACAACCACAAUAAGUAUCUUAUUCUUGGACACAGACUCUUAGCAGGUAUCAAUGGAUUGUUGCCUGCGAGAAUUCGGAGUGAAGUUGUGUGGAACAGCACAGCGAAUCUAUUGGGAAAACCAGGCCAUAAUAUUGCUUGGGAUCUGGUUAAUGAGUUCCUGAAUAAUGAGUUUAAGGCUAACCUGAAAAACUCUCAUGGGCAAUACACAGAAACACAGGUCUCAAGAUGUAGUAAAAUUGUUGGGAGUGUAGGGAAAGCCAUUGAGGAGAUCCUCCAGGUUAAUGUCAUCCAAGAUUAUAUUCCACGCUCGCCAUCAUCAGAUGGCUCUUCAAAAGCAAAGUAAAAGAAAUUUAUUGAGGAGUAUGGAAUGGAAGAUUUGUUUGUUGACAAAGGAGAUGAAAGACAUCACAGUGGAUUUAAUGAUUUCAGACAUAACAUUUCAGUAAAAAAUCCAGAGAAAUUAAAUGCCAGGUUAAAUAAAUAUGUUAAA